AUGUAUAAUGAAAGUAGCAGCAAAAAAAUUAUCACUAUGGAUAGAACAAGAUCAGUACUCAUAUACAACUAUGAGCCAUACGAAAAAACGGAAAGAAUCGAAUUACAAAUAUCGGACCCGGAUGUAAUUUUAACUGGAAAAGAUGGACCUAUUCAGGCUCAAAUUGAACCGUAUUUUGAUGCAGUUCAUGGUAAAUUUACAGAAAAUUACUUGCUGGUUUUCUUCACAUUUCUCAAUGCUUUGUCAUUUAUUCGUAUUACAAUUCAAAAGAAUCAUUCUACAACAACUGAAAUUGCUCAAAUUUUAACACCAAUGCAACAAUCACCAGUGACGAUAUAUUUCAAUAUUGCAAAAAAUGGUACAGAACGAUUACGGUGUGAACAAGAAUUCAGUUAUUACAAUAGCACCUAUAGCGGAGCAUAUAUUAUGGCACUUGAAAAUGAUAAACUUACAAAAUUAGAAAUGAAUGAUGCAGAAACUUUUAUUGUUUCCGGAUCAUUACGUCAAACUGUUUACACAUUAUCAGAAUUCAUAAAGCAACGUCUGUCAGUUAAUAAUAUAACUGGAGUAGAAGGAAGCCAUUUACACAUGCAACUUCAUGUUGAUAUAAGAAAAAUGUCAGGUGUUGAGUUAAUUACAAAAUUUUCAACUGAUAUGAUAGCGGAUGAUAUCGAAUAUUACACUGAUAGCAAUGGCAUGCAAGCAAGCUUUAUAACUUUUUAUGUUUAUAAUGCUUUAUAA